CAAAGCGCACUCAUUCACACACGCACGCACGAGCAUCCACACGCGCGCGAGACAGAGACGUGCACGGACGCGCGGGCACACAGGAGGUGGAGGGAGCAAGCGAGCGGAGAGAGGGGCUCCUCAUCAACGCACCGGGGCCGUUCAUUCUCCACUGGAGGGCGGCUGGUACAAGAGCACCGGGACGCUCCGGCAGCCGGGAGACGGGACACAGCAGCUGGAAGAGCCGCACAGAGACGCCCCCAGAGCAGCAGCAUCUCUCUCUCCUCUCCGGAUUAAACCCCCUUCACCCCCGCGUCUCCUGCAACCGAAAUCACGCCGAGACAUGAGCUUCUCCCGCUGAACGUUAUUGAUGCUGAACUGAGUGGUCCAGUGCUAUCUUCCAGAGUUUUCCCUCCCCUCAGUUUUCUGUCUGUCACCUGGUUUGUGAGCAGCCAUGACAAAGUCUUACGAAUUCAACUGGCAGAAGCACCUGCCUGAGUUCAUGCAGGAAGGUGCCUCCUUCGACAGGUUUGAUGAGGACCCAUAUAUCUUUGAGCCCAACUGUCAGAUGAAGGUGGAUGAAUUUGGCUUUUUCAUCACCUGGAAGAGUGAAGGAAAGGAAGGCCAGGUUCUCGAGUGUUCCCUCAUAAACAGCAUCCGAGUCGGAGCCGUCCCAAAGGAUCCUAAGAUCUUGUCAUCGUUUGAGGCCAUUGGAAAAACAGAAACCGACCUGGAGGGCUGCAUCAUCUGCAUCUGCAGCGGCACAGACCUGGUCAACCUGAGCUUCAUGUUCAUGGUGGCAGAGAACCCAGACACAGCCAGGAAGUGGAUCGAGGGUUUGAGGUCAGUGAUUCACAACUUUAAGGCCAACAACGUCUGUCCAAUGACAUGCCUGAAGAAACAUUGGAUGAGAAUGUGCUUCCUGACCAAUGUGAAUGGAAAGAUCCCCGUCAGAGGCAUUACACGAACAUUUGCGUCAGGCAAGACGGAGAAGGGCAUCUUUCAGGCUCUGAAGGAUCUGGGCCUCCCCAGUGGAAAGAAUGAUGAGAUUGAACAUUCAGAUUUCACUUUUGACAUUUUCUACGCGCUCACACAGAAGAUCUGCCCUCGAACGGACAUCGAGGAGCUCUUUAAGAAAAUCAAUGGGAACAAAACUGAUUAUUUAACUGUAGACCAGUUAGUCAGCUUUCUGAAUGAAAACCAGCGCGACCCGAGACUGAACGAGAUCCUGUUUCCGUUCUACGACCCAAAGAGAGCCAUGCAGAUCAUCGAGAAGUACGAGCGAGACGACGGCCUGAAGAAGAAAGGCCACAUGUCCAGUGACGGAUUCUGUCGGUACCUGAUGUCAGAUGAAAACGCUCCGGUGUUUCUGGACCGGCUGGAGUUGUACCAAGAGAUGGACCAGCCUCUGGCUCACUACUUCAUCAGCUCCUCCCACAACACCUACCUGACCGGACGACAGUUCGGAGGGAAGUCCUCAGUAGAGAUGUACCGCCAGGUGCUGCUGUCUGGAUGCAGGUGUGUGGAGCUGGACUGCUGGGAUGGGAAAGGAGAGGACCAGGAACCCAUCAUCACUCAUGGAAAGGCCAUGUGCACAGACAUCCUGUUCAAGGAUGUUAUUCAGGCCAUCAAGGAGACAGCGUUUGUCACAUCAGACUACCCCGUUAUCCUGUCCUUUGAAAAUCAUUGCAGUAAACCACAACAGUACAAAAUGGCAAAGUACUGCGAGGAGAUCUUUGGUGACUUCCUCCUCAAACAGCCUCUGGACAACUUCCCGAUUGAAUCUGCGCGCCCUUUACCGUCUCCCAACGACCUCAAACGGAAAAUUCUCAUCAAAAACAAGCGCUUGAAACCCGAAGUGGAACAGAAGCAGCUAGAGGCCUUUAAGAAACACAUGGAGGCCGGAGAGACCAACACCACAGCCAUCAUUAUGGGAGAGGAGAACGAAGACGAGACAGAGAACGGAGAAAAAGAGGCCGAGGAGAAGGAUUUGAAUUCAGAGGCGCCCAGCAGUCUGUCAGAAGCAACCAGCGAGAAAGAAGCCAACAGUGUUUCUCAGAGUAACGCCGUCAGUUCAAGGAAAGAAGAAGAACGAAGCAACAGCAUCAAGAAGGUACCUGAUGAUGAAGUGACAGAGGUUUCUGAAGCCACUGAAGCAACAGAUGCCACAGAUAUCUCUGAAGCAUCUGACCAAGACAAUAACAAAAAGGGUGGAGACGUGGCAGAAGACUCUGAAGAGGCUAUUAUCGCUCAGUACACCUAUGUAGGAGCCACAACAAACAUCCACCCGUAUCUCUCAGCGAUGGUCAACUAUGCACAGCCCGUCAAGUUCCAGAGUUUCGAUAUGGCAGAAGAGAGGAAUAUCCACCACAACAUGUCAUCUUUCAAUGAGUCCGUUGGCCUGGGUUACCUGAAGACUAAUGCCAUCGAGUUUGUCAACUACAACAAGCGUCAGAUGAGCCGUAUCUACCCCAAAGGAGGCCGAGUGGACUCCAGCAAUUACAUGCCUCAGAUCUUCUGGAACGCAGGCUGCCAGAUGGUCUCGCUGAACUUCCAAACCCCAGAUCUGGCCAUGCAGCUGAACCAGGGAAAGUUUGAGUACAACGGCUCCUGCGGGUACCUGCUGAAGCCUGAUUUCAUGCGGCGGUCAGACAGGAUGUUCGAUCCUUUCUCAGAGACGCCGGUGGACGGUGUCAUCGCAGCAACCUGCAGCGUACAGGUGUUUUCAGGACAGUUUCUGUCCGAUAAGAAAAUCGGUACUUACGUUGAGGUGGACAUGUACGGUCUGCCGACAGACACCAUCAGGAAGGAGUUUCGUACGCGCAUGGUGAUGAACAACGGACUGAACCCGGCCUACAAUGAAGAGCCCUUCGUUUUCAGAAAGGUGAUCUUACCAGAUCUGGCAGUACUGCGCAUCGCAGUCUACGACGACAACAACAAGCUGAUUGGGCAGCGCAUCCUGCCUCUGGACGGCCUGCAGGCUGGCUACCGUCACAUCUCUCUGAGGAACGAAGGCAACAAGCCCCUGUCGUUGCCCACCAUCUUCUGCCAAAUCAUCCUCAAGACCUACGUGCCCGACGGCUUCGGAGCUAUUGUUGACGCUCUAUCAGACCCAAAGAAGUUUUUGACCAUAGCAGAGAAGAGAGCUGACCAGAUGAAGGCGCUGGGCAUCGACACGAACGACAUAGCAGACGUCCCCAGUGGAAGCUCAAAGAACGACAAGAAGGGAAAGGGUAAAGGAGAAACAGUGAAAGCCAGUGUGACGCCACAAGCCAGCUCAGACAUGGCCCAGACCUCCAACGCUGCCCAAAAUAACACAACCGAAACCAAGAAGGAUAAUGCACUUGUGCCUAACGUCAGCAUUGAUGACUUAAAACAAAUGAAGACCUACCUUAAACUGAUAAAAAAGCAACAGAAGGAGCUCAACACUUUAAAGAAGAAACACUCAAAGGAUCAAAAUACAAUGCAGAAAGCCCACUGCACCCAAGUGGACAAGAUGGUGGCUCUGCAUGACAAGGAGAAGACGACUCUGGAGAAACUACUAGAGAAAGCAAUAAAGAAACGAGGAGAAAACAACUGCCAGGAGCUGAAGAAGGAGACAGAAGACAAGAUCCAAACGCUAGUCGCCGAUCAUAAAGCCAAGGUAAAGGACAUCACAGCGCAGCACACUAAAGAGUGGUCGGAGCUGAUCAGUAGUCACAGCAGCGAGGAGCAGGAGAUGAAGGACAGUCAUGUCACCCAGCAGUGUGAACACCUCAAGAAGCUCCUGGCCACCGUCCAGGAGCAGCAGACCAUGCAGCUCAAACUCAUCCACGAACGACAGAGCAAAGAGAUGCGAGCCAACCAGGCCAAGAUGUCGAUGGAAAACAGCAAAGCCAUCAGCCAGGACAAGACCAUCAAGAACAAGGCAGAGAGGGAGAGGAGAGUGCGAGAGCUAAACAGCAGCAACACCAAGAAGUUCCUGGACGAGAGGAAGAGGCUCGCCAUGAAGCACCAGAAAGAGAUGGAGCAGCUCGAGAAAAACCAGAGAGAACAGUUGGAGAAACUGGAGAAGUUCAAUGAGCAGCUUUUGAAAUCACACCAUGCAAACAAACAGGUUCAAGGCCAAGGACAUGCAGCAGAUGGUGAAGCUGGAGGAGGAGAUGGACCGCAGACCUGCCACGGUGGUGUGAGCGACUGAGAAGGAAAACACGACCGCACUAACAUAUACUCACAUAAAAACACACACAGGUGCAAAAACACUCCACCACCGAGAGCCCUCCACCGCCCUGAGACGAAAACCCCGCCUACGUCACCGUCUAACGUUCGCUUUACGUUCGCUCACAGUCGCCCACCGCUUCCUCUGUCCCACCCACUAACUCUGUCCCACUGAGCCGUCGGUGCUUAUCGCUGUCUGAUGGGGGGCUGAACCACUUAUCCAGAAGGGAGAUGUUACCUCGGAGACGAAGCGACGCAGAGUCAUCCCCUCCGCCGCUGUAUGUAGAUCCAAACCGUCUGUCACCUCCAAUGUUCUCCGCAUCGAAACGGGCAACAAAAGCUGCAGCUAUUGGUGGAUACAAAAAACACACACACAGAAACACAAACGUCACGGUUCAGAUAAAGCAGAUAUCUGUUCGAUUUUUGAGUUCUUUCUGUUCUGUUUUUUUAAAUCAACUACCCGCUCCAGAAACAGCCGUAAGAGGGGAGAAGACUAUGUAUAAGAUUUAAUGUCAUUUCAGCACAAAAAUGAAUAAACUUUGUGAAAUACACUGUACGCUACACACCAGUCCUGUCCUGAGCACUUUGUACGUGAUAGGCCGUCGAAAAAAUAAAUGAAAAAAGUGGAAAAUGUAGCGGUGCACUACUGUAGGUUUUCUGUUUCUCAGUGAGAAUGUAUUUAAAAAAAUAAAAUGAAAUCACUGUAUGAAGAAGCUCCCAUGUCACCAAACCCGUUUGACUUCACAUUAUUGACUUUUUCUGUUGUUAAACAACUUUUAACAAAGAUUAUCUUGUUGAGUCAGAACGCUAUAAAGGGAUCAUGAGGAAUAAAUGUUCACUUUGAUUGGCAGUCAGACUUUGCUAAAAUUACUAGCAAAUACCCAAGACAUGGUGCUUUGUUCGCACUUGAAAAUUACAUACUAGACAUUUAUUGUUUGUUUCUUUUUAGUAUCUUCUAAUAAAGCUUUCCAUUCUCUCAAUUCGGGGCUCAAAAUCUUGUAAACUAUGCAAAAAGACACCAAGUUUAAGGCAUACACAAUUCUGAAUAUGGAAUUUUGCCGCAACAAAAUCCAAAUUUUGAUUAAAGUCAGUGCAUUCAUUGCUACUCCUUUGGUAAAUGCCUGCAUGAUAGUUUGAAGAAAGUCUACAAGUACAAGAUUAAGGCCUAAGCUACAUGUACACUGGUAUUUUUUUAAAAACAUUUUUCCUUCUUUGUUGUCAAAAAAAUAAAUCCAUCCACAAGAUACAACUGAAGUGCUGUCCAUAUAACCCUCAAGCCAUGGCAGCCAAUCAGAACCCAGCAGGCUAGCAGCAAUGAUUCACUGAGAAAAAAGGGACUGAUUUUGAUGUUUGGACUGAUUUUAAGACCUCUGUUCCUCAAUGUAGUGGAAGAAUAACUCUACAUUUAUGUGGAAAUGUGUGAAAAGUACAAUUGUGGCCACAUCUACCUUUGCAAAGAAUCUCAUGUGAUUAUCGCUGUAUUUGGAGGCUCACAGCCUGAGUUCUGACGCUAUUUCAACCUCAAGGACUACAGCUUUAGAGAGAUUGGUGGUAACUGCAACAAAUGAGAUAAUCACGAGUCAAAGACGUCCCUCUCCAUGUCAGCACGGCAAAUAGUUUCUGAACGUCUUUACCCAAGAAGAAGUUGUUCAAAAGUCAAAAUCACUUAUUUUCAGCUCAGUUAAUUCUAUCUAGAUGGGUCAGUAUCGGACUUAAUUGUGUUAAUUUAGUCAUCUGAUUAGUAUUUGAUUGUCUGUGUAGCACUAGUAAGCUGCAAAAUUGAACAUAUAAACAAUGACACUGAACUAAUCCAUCUAUUUUCAGUCUCCUCAAAGAGCAAACAUGCAGCAGACGUAGAAGCUGGUUAAACUAAACACAUAAAGCUCCGUUUUAAGUGAUACCCGUGUACAUGUGGACCAGACCACAGCCGUGUAUUUGCACACUUAAAACUCUUUAGAAAACUGAGCCAAAUCUGCUCCUGUGCUAUUCUGCUAACAGAAUUAAUCCACACUUGCUCGUUCUUUUAAUCAACCGGCCCUCCAACUUCAAGCCGACAUAAGUCAAACCCGCCGCGUCUCAUCUCUUAUUAAAGACAUUGUUGAAGUCAAGUGCUCCCUUAAUAGGUUCUUGAUUGCACCUUGGCAACCUCAGCUAGUAAUCCUCAGCAUUUCCCCUGUUUGGGAGAUCAGACUGAAUAAUUACAGCAGAUUUGUGACAAAGUCUUCGCUGCAACACACACACUAGAGACUCUAAGAAAGCAGCUCUUAAUGUCACUGCAGAGCGACAAAUCCGAUCGAUAACGACCAACGACAAUUGGCAAAAAAUGUCAUAACGACAGAAAAACUGAAAAACACGGAGAUAAAAGCACCUGUAGGUAUUCUGGCCUUUUUAAAGAUUUAUUUUCUGUUUUAUUCUGCUGUAAUACAUGUAAAGGGUAGACGGGAUGUUCUUGUAUAUACUGGAAUGUAUGUAGUUUAAUUUACUUUGUUCUGUCAUUCAAGGGCUCGGGGAUAGAGGGGGUCUGUCGGGUGUUUGGGGGAGAAAAAAAAACACAUUUAUCACCCACUGGGUUUUGUUCAUUUCUUCUGUUUUCCAGUCUGCCCUUAACUGCACCACACAACACACUAUAAAGCUCUCACCACAUAUCUAGUGCAGAGAUAAACGAGUAAAAAGUGCUUUUAAAUUUUAUUCCAUCGCUUUCAAAUGUGCCACUCAGUGUCUGUUAGGACGUUUAAAUUAUUUUAUGAAUGAUAAAAUGCCAAAUUAAGGGGUUAUUUAUAUGAAGGUAUAUAUAAAUAAAUGAAUAUAUAUUAUAUAUAUUAGAUAACGUGUAGUUUAAGAAUAUUACGUUAGAGGCUUUUUUGCACUAGUUGAAUGUUCUGUUGUGUGAUUACAUGUAACCUUUGGCUCUCGAGUUUGUCAAAAAAGCAGAUUAUUUUUGCAGAGCGACAUCACUGAUUUAAUUUCCUCGGUUUUUACUGUAUCUCCUCUUUGUUUUCUAUUUGAACUGUAGCUUGUCAACAGACAUUCUGUGCGUGUUUUUGUAUUUAUAUUGUACUGUUGGACUUAUAGCAAUGAAAAUACUGUUGUUAUCCAGCUCCUUUACUACUGUUUUAUAGUAUGUGUAUCAAUAAAUCCAGGUGUAAAACGGGA